AUGCUUGAGCUGGUCCAGGAAGUCAACAAGGCUGAGUUGGCCCUGCAAGGCGGUCGGAGGAGUCUUUGGUGUUCCUUCAGUCGCUCCCCGGCGGAACGCGGCCGCGCUAGUGUUGCGGGUUGUAUCAAGAAGGUGGUUGCUCACCACCGCUCCUCCCACCUUUCGGAGCUCGACGUGGACUACGCGGCAGGAGCGGCCUGGAUGGGUGACAUGCAACUUGCUGGAAUGGGUUCGCCUCCGCUUCCUAACUCAACACCGGUCGAGACGAGGGCGGGACCUGCUUGGAUUGAUGAGGUUGGCCUGUCCAAGAUCCUCAAGGUCUCCAGGCAGACGAUUGAAGAUGAGGCGGCUGAGGCAGUAGACGGUUACCUUCAAGAGGACGACAUUCUACUUUUGCAGGAGCUCCCUCGUUCGGCCCCUGGCUGGCAACAAGUCGAUCUCGCUCCAUGGAAAAUAAUAGGUCACAGAUGCCCCGACCAAUGGAGAGGCACCGGUAUCAUGUUUCAGACCUCCGCGUGGACAGUCAUGCGCCGCUUGCAGGCGCCCAAGGGGACGUGGUUCAGGCUCCGGCACCUUCGCUUUGGUGCAGAAGUGUGGGUCGGCACCGUGUACUUGCGUCCUGACCUGAGUCAGGAUGAGCAUGCAGUAUCCCUACAAGAGUUUCUGCAGAAGCUUCCGCCGACUCAGCUACCUGUCCUUGUUUCUGGAGAUUCCAAUUCGGAAAUUUCGUGGGCGGUUGGGGAUCAGGGUGAGUACACCCCGAUUGGGAGGAAUGGUAAGACUGUGAGCCUGCUGCAUUGGCUGGCCUCCAGGGGCCUUCGUGCUGUACCGCCAGGCCCAGACCAGCUGAACUGUCCGACCACCCAGCCUCGUCAGCAGGACCGGUGUGGACGCCAGAUUGAUUUCCUCGCAGUGGCUAGGAUGGGGACCGAUCGUGUUCUCAUCGUUCCGGAUAGCAACCAGGUAAUCGGUACUGAUCAUGACAUACUUUCGCUUGCGGCCUGCCUCAAACGGGUUGCCCGAAGGCCUCGCACUGACACACGACCGAGGCAGGUGCUGAAACCGAUUCCUCCAAUUGAGGACCUCUCCCAGGCAAAGUUGGUGGACCUGGCCCGGUCCCACACGGGGCCCAAGCAGGGGCGCGGCUACAAGGACCCGGAGGAUGUGAAGGCUCUGUUUCGCAUGGCGAGGUUCAGCCGGGAGAGUUGUGACUGGAAAAUCGCGUUCCAAGCCAGGCGCAAGGCAAGAGGUCGAUGGGAGAAAAGCCAGCUGGAAGCCGCGGUUCAGGGAGACUGGGGGGCCUUCAAGAAGAUCCGUAAGCAGACUAAGAACGACUGGGAGCUUGGCUUUGCGGACGCUCAGAGUGACCCACACAAAGCCAUACACGAGCACCUUCAGAACAUUUACAAAUCCGAGGAGAGAGUGAACAUUUGCUCCCCAAGUGGUGCCUUCACACCCAUCACAUUGGAUGAAUUGAAGUCUGCAGUGCACAAAGGCAAGAGAGGCGUGAGUGUGAGUCAGGAUGGGACCUCCCAGGAGCUCCUCCUAGGAAUUAUGAGCGCUGAGGGCGGAGCGGUUGCGCUGCGGGAUUGGUUUAACCACCUGCUCUACACAGGGGAGCUCCCCGAUGACUGGUACAAGGGCCUGAUGGUGGUGUUGCCCAAGAGAGCCUCCCCCACUCUCCCCCGGGAACUCCGGCCGAUUUGCAUGAGCUCUGCUAUCAGCAAAACCUUCUGCCGGAUACUGCUUGAACGUGCCAAGCAAAAGGUGACCUCGAUCGGCCCGUGUCAGCUCGCGGGUCCUCACAAGCAAACAUGUGACUAUGUGUUCUGCGCUCACCGACUUAUGACCCUUGAUCAUGAGUGGGGCGCAGGCCUCGCCUACUUGAAGGUCGACAUCGAAAAGGCGUUUGAUUGUGUCAAUCGGGUGGCCCUUUGCGACUAUCUCGAGUCUAAGAUCGGUAGGUCGUUUGAGCUUCGGAUUUGGCAGCUUCUCUUGUCACGCACCUUGCUGUCGCUUGAAACUACUUGGGGCGCCAGCGAGAUUGAGGCCCAGCGUGGAAUACGCCAGGGCUCGGUUGAGUCGCCACUGUUUUUCUCGUGCCUUGCAGAGCUUACUCUUGAGUCGGCCGCUUCCGAGCACCGGUGGCCGAGGGAGGACCUGGCUCUCCACGGCUUACGGCUGAGUGAGAUGAUGUUCGUCGACGACGCGGUGUUGUGGAAUAGUCAGGUUGCGACCCUUGGUCAGCGGGUUGCGCAGUGGGCUGAGCACCUGGCUAGGUGCGGAUUGCGGAUCAGCUUGCGCAAGUGUGAGCUCUACAUCAGCCCUCACAACCAUGGGCCGCGCGAGAUUACCGUCAAUGGAGAAAAGCUGGUUGCGAAGGACACCCUUACCAUCAUGGGCCUUCCCAUGAAAGUUAAGGCGACCACAUGCGAACUUCUUGCCGGCUUGCUAGCCAAAGCCCGUGACGUCUUCUGGUCUAUGAAAAAGCUGCUGUGCUCUCCUACCCCACUGCAUGCCAGGAUUAGGCUGAUGGACAAAGUGGUUGCGGGUUGCGGACUCUGGUGUAUUUCCUCGUUCUUUCCAGAAGACUCGGCGAUGCACAUGGUGAACACGUUCCAGCUUCAGCUGAUCAUAAGUAUGAUGAACUUGAAACGGGGAGCAGACUGUGGUUGGUUGGAAUUCCGCAAACAUGCCUACAGGUCGGCAAGGGCGGCUCUUUGGAAGGGCCACCACAAGAGGUGGUCCACGGUCUGGGCGGAGAGACAUUGGUCCUACCUGGGCCAUCUUGCUCGUAGCCUGUUACAUCCCGUGCCUUCUGCUGUGGCGCUCUUGUGCUCAUACCGUACUCUCGAGUGGUGGACCAAAGAAAAAACCAAGAAAGACAAUGAGAGAGUCAAACACCCCAAGGCUUUCUUUGCAAGACUUAUGCUGUCCGAGUCGAAGCUUGACUCUGCAGCUGGAGGACCCUGGCGAAUUCUGGCACAAGACCGAGUUCAAUGGGCAGGCCGUCUGCCUGCAUGGGUCGAGCUUAUCGAUGUUCAGUGGGCCCCAGCACCGGGGAACAUCUCCUUCACCGAGGACCCCGUCACAGGCUUUCGUGUUUGGCAUGAUGCAAGGGCCGACAAUUGGCCUAAGAUGAGGGACCAAGCCACAGACAUCAUUGAAUGCAACCUCCGCCACAUGGUCCGCGAUGGGGACUGCACCACAGCUGGCGAGAUUGCUCAUCAACUAUGGGAGAUGUUUGAGGCCCCCCGCGGCAACUCUAUGGUGGAUGGGUGCUAUGCCCAAGCGGCGAGGCCGGCCAGGGAUGUUUGUGCCCGGUAUGCCCUGCGACACAGACCUCGAAACGGGGUUGACCUGGAUGAGAGUGAAGCGGACCUCCUUCAUCGACUCGGGAGAGGAGUCUACGAAGCCGCCGUCUCCAAUGCUAGGGCUAUCAGGAGGAUGCAGGAGUACUUCCGUGCUCGCCGUGCCCUCUCUGCGGACUCGGACAACCCAGGACCCUCCCGAAACACUCGGCCUCGCCUCAGUCGGCCUGAACUCGAAGAGCCCGCUGAUGGCGAAGGGGAUGCCCACUCCUUGGUUGGCACUUCUCACCGCACCUCGAGAAACACGAGACCUCCGAGACCGACGAGAUCCAAUCGACCUACCCGGCCGCGAUCCCGAACACCAACAGUGACUGAAGUCACGGAAUGGACGGUCUGGCUCACUUCUAGGGGAGCCCUUCAUGAGGACCCUGCGGCUCCGUCCGGUAGCUCCGGGCCUACCGACACAACUGAGGCGGUGGCUGAGUGGCUACAGCUGCUGGGCUUUGCAGACCUUGCUCCUCCACUACCGUCCUCGACCAGACCCAGGCCUUCGGCUCGACCCAGCUCUGCACCGACUCGCUCUUCUACCCCUGCGGCAUCCUCCUCAUCGAGACCUCCGCCACCGACAAUACCUGAUGACGACAUGGUUGAAGUGGUGGCCGAGAUGGGGGACUCUGAGGACGAGCUCCUCAUGCAGAUGAGUAUGGCUCUGGUGCCCGACCCCGCCAACUCUCCCAGAAGCGGAACAGAUGCAUAUCGCAUGGCCUCGGAGGAUGGAGAGACUGAGGUGGCCUCCAUGAUGCAGCAGCCGCCCGCCGAAACAGAGGACGAUGAGGCGACCAACCGCCUGGUUGAUCACCGUGAUCUGCCAUCCUACACCGCUUAUGCUCGACCCUUCGUACGGUGGCUCAGUCGGAGUAUGAACAACCCAUACGGGGAAGACCAUGAGGGCGAUGUGGUGUGGGCCUCCUGGGUUGAGAACCUUCUGUGGCUUGACUGGGUUGCCCUACGCACCCCGCCUCCUGGGACACCGAGGGGCCGCUUUGGUAUUUUCGAGGCGGUGGAAGGCGUCCGCGCCGGGGAGGACACCUAUCGUGUACUUCGGGAACACGAGGAGUCGCCCGGCCCGAUCCUCAGCUUCCUCUUCGGCCUCCUCCUCCUGCCCGACGACGCCCCGCACCGAUGUGCCUACCACGACUACGGCCACAGAGAUUCCGGGCUGCGGCGCUACUACGAUGGGACUGGCGGACGAUGUGGACUGCCAUCCGAUGCGGAGGGCACCGAGGCCCUCUUGGCUACACACGCCCUCACAGAGGACGACGGGGACACGGUCACGGAGCCCUUGAACUCCGACACGCAGUUUGUUGACCUCUGGUGGCAGCAGCUACGUCCUCUCCUUCCGGCGCCUGCCUUUCCGGCUGCUGCGGCGGCCAUCGCGGCCCUUGAGACGGCGGAGCAACCGGAGUACGUUGACUCGCUGGAAGCUGGUGACCACCCGGGGCCCUCCGAGAGUCAGCUUGCCUACGAGGCAAGUGAGAUGCUGGCUUGGCAAGCGGACGCCAAAAGCAUGAUGGACUUUUGGGACGAUGAAGACCGGCGGCGAGAGGCAGAACAAGUCCAUGCCCAAGAAGCCCAGGCCAACACAGACCGUCGACGGAAGGAGGACCAAGAACAAGCCCGAGCCCGACAGGCGAGAGAAUGGGAUGACUGGGCGAUGUACCAUGAGCUGAUGGCUACGGUGCCGGUCAAGCGCCGCCGCAUGCUGGUGCGGCUACUGAACUCGACUGGGCAGGCUAUGAGCUCACAUGAGUUUCCGCUCCCCUCGGUUGGCGCCUUGCACCUGGAGCUCAAGCUGGAUGAAAUCAUUGGGGAGGACCUCGCGGGCCCGGCGACCGACAGUGAGGCCCCCACAGUGCAGGUGGCGUCUGAUCUGGGGGCUGGAAUGGGAUCGACCUCCUCGUUGGCGCCUGUGACCUCCCCUGCAGAAACACCGACACACAACACUUCGUGGGCCGCUGGGUUACUUCGAGGACGUGGGGCGGAUACAGUUCUUGACCUACCCGAUUCUGUAGAAAGUCAUGGGCAUGAAUGUGUGGCGCCGGUAGAACCACCAAGUACGGAAAGGGGUGAGGUUGAGCCGGUGAACGCAGCGGAGUGUGCGAACACGGAGGGAGGUGCAUCUGAUGGUGAACCGGAAAGUCAGGAAGACUUGCAGUAG